AUUCUCUUUUUUUAACUAAACAAGGCCAAGUAAGCAAGCAACCUGGCGGGCCUACGGACGGUCUACUUUAUCUGUGUGUGUGUGUAUGUAUGGAGGAGGGAAGGACACCCUCGGAGUCGGAGGUAGACGACGACCACCACCUCCACACACCAAAUAAUUAUUAUAUUGACAGAAAUGAGAAAGCCAAGGCAGCAAUCAAACACAAAUAUCUCAUCUUCCAGGACAGGACAGUUGGCUUUAGGUGUGGCGCGCCGAGGCCGAGCAGGCAGCUACUGCUACUGCUAGUAGAGGGGAGGGGAGGGAGGGAGUAGCAAACGGGCUGUGCGGGUGGCCAUGGACCCCACCGGCGGCGGCGGCGGCGGCGGCGACACCAUUCCCCUCCUCCUGACAUCCAACAAGCAGCAGCAGGAGGAGGACUCUCUCGCGGGCGUCUCCGACUACCUUGGGCGGCCCGUGCAGCGCGGAAGCUCCGGGGGAUGGAGAUCCGCGCUCUUCGUCGUGGGCGUUGAGAUCGCCGGGAGCUUCGCCUACUUCGGCAUCUCGGCGAACCUGAUCACGUACCUGACGGGCCCGUUGGGGCAGUCGAACGCGUCCGCCGCGGCCUCCGUCAACGCCUGGUCGGGCACGGCCUGCCUCAUGCCCCUGCUCGGCGCCUUCCUCGCCGACGCCUACCUGGGCCGAUACCGAUCCGUCAUCAUCGCCUGCACCCUCUACGUCCUGGGGUAUGGCAUGCUGACGCUGUCGGCGACGGUGCCGGUGCUGCGGCCGUCGCACGUGCCCUGCAGGGAGGAGGAUGAUGGUGAUGGCGGCGUCUCGUGGUCGUGGUCGUCGGCUCAUUCAUGCCAUCAUCCCGGGCCCGGGUGGGCGCAGGUGGCCUUCUUCUACGUGUCGCUGUACCUGAUCGCCAUCGCGCAGGGCGCGGACAAGCCGUGCGGGCUGGCGUUCGCGGCGGACCAGUUCGACGCGGAGCACCAGGGGGAGCGCGCGUCGCGGGGGUCCCUCUUCAACUGGUGGUUCUUCUGCAUGGCCAUAGGCAUCUCCGUGUCCGUCUCCGUGGUGGGCUACAUCCAGGAGUACGUCGGGUGGGGGCUCGGCUUCGGCGUCCCCUGCGCCGUCGUGCUCUGCGCCUUCCUCGUCUUCCUGCUGGGCACCCCGACGUACCGCCUCUACGCCCCGACGCCGGAAGCCAAGUCCCCGUUCCGCCGCCUCGCACGCGGCAUGGGGGUGCCGGUGCCGGUGCCGGUGGCGCCGCACUCUGAGCAGCAGCAGCAGCAGCAAGACGCCGAGGCCGACGCCCGGUGCGUUCUGCGCCUGCUUCCCAUCUGGGCGUCCAGCCUUGCGUACGGCGUGGUGUACGCGCAGAUCAUGACGCUCUUCAACAAGCAGGGCCGCACCCUGGACCGGCGCAUCUCCGGCCUUGAGCUGCCACCGGCCGUGCUCCAGACGCUGGGCCCCGCCAGCAUCCUGCUGUCCGUGCCUGUCUACGACCGCGCGCUGGUGCCGGCGCUGCGGUGGGCCACGGGCAACCCGUCGGGGCUCACCAUGCUGCAGCGCGUGGGCGCCGGCAUGGCCACGUCGCUGGCGGGUGUGGUGGUGGCGGCGCUGGUGGAGGCGCGGCGGCUGGCGACGGCGCGGGAGCACGGCCUGGUGGACGACCCGUCGGCGACGGUGCCCAUGACCUGGGCGUGGAUCGUGCCGCAGUACGCCAUGAUGGGGGUGGCGGACGUGCUGGCGGUGGUGGGCCUGCAAGAGCUCUUCUACGACCAGAUGCCCGACGGCCUGCGCAGCCUGGGCCUCGCGCUCUACCUCAGCGUCAUGGGCAUCGGGGGAUUCAUCAGCAGCCUGCUCAUCUCUGUCAUCGACGGCGUCACCGGCACCGGCGGCGGGGACAGCUGGUUCGCCGACAACCUCAACCGUGCGCACCUCGAUUACUUCUACUGGCUGCUGGCGGGGCUCAGCGCCGUGGAGCUCGCGCUCUUCCUCUACUUCGCGCGCUCCCACGUCUACAAGCACAACUCCGGCAGCAGCAGCAGCAGCAGGCGGCUCUCCUCCUCCUCCUCCUCCUCCUCCUCCUCCUCCACGCUUGGGAAAGAGAAAUACUCCUCCUGCUAGCACUAGCACUAGUGGAGGGAUCGAUAGAUUCUCGAUCGGCACUAUUUUAUUACUCUUGUGUUGAUUGAUGACGAAAUUAGCCUUCUUCUGUUGUUGUAUACUGUACUUUGUUCUUGUAAACAAAAGCAAACUCAGUUGUCGGGGCAAAAAUGGACCCUAGUCAAAUUCAAAUUCAAAUCCACGUUCUCGCUUUGGAAGAGGUGGUGAUGACAGAUUA